AUGGCCAACAAAUCCUCCGCCCCCAAGACCUCUCAGUCUGAAGCUAAGCCUCAAUGGUACGAAUCGCUCAAGACCUUCCCAGGCCUAAAGUUCAAGGAGAGUUUUGGUGAUAACGGCACGCCGACCAAAGCCGAAACGGCAUUCAUCAAUAUUGUCUGCGACCGCUAUGAGAAGCAAGACGAGGCGGUGCAAGGCGACAUUGAUCGCAAGAUCGUCAUUGCGAAUCGCGGCCAUGACCUUGUCACUCUAGUCCUGUGGGUUGCCGAGAACCCGGAAUCCAUCUUUGGCAGUGUGAGUGAAUCUGCCUGGGAUCUCGCUAUGGAGAAGCUCAUUCGCCUGGGUACAUUCCGCUGCGUCCCUUUCUGCGGCAAGGACAUUGGUGGUGUCAUAGGUACCAUUCUGCACGCACGUUGGGCCCAUCGGGAAAAGCCUUACUCUUGCAAGCCAACUGCCGUCACAGAGCUCAAGCGCUUUCUUCGCAGCCUCGACAGAUUGAGCGACUUUGUUCGAGAGAGCGACUUCGCCCGUGCGUUCAAGCAAAACCCAGCAUUCCCCUACAACGGUCCCUCCGCCACUAUUGUCCAGAAGACUCCGAUCGCCAAAACUCCGGUCACCAAGAACCCGGUUCUUAGAGCUCGAUACGAUACUGUUCCGGCUGCUAGAACUCAGCAAAACCCCAUUGCUUCUGGUGCAACUCCCAAGAACAACGACCAGAGCGCUGUCAUUGAUAAGAUGCGACUUGAGGUCAAUAAGCUGCGCGCUGAGAACGAGGCUCUUCACUCUCUGCUUGCUAGAUCUCAGGACGAGAAGGUGGCUCUGCAAUGGGAUCUUAUCAAGGCUACGUCUCGUGAAGCGGAGCUCAUGACGGAGCUGCGUCGCAUGUGA